AUGAAAGAAUGGCAGGUCUUUGAACAUUGCUGCACUGACGGAAAGUCGUUGAAGCAGCUUGGCAUUCUUUUGGCCUGGACAGUUGUGCAAGGUGGCCACCACGAGGUGACUGGGGGGAAGCUGACUGCUUUGUCAAGCCUCCUCCCCGUGAUAUUUUUCCAGGGUGCUGGCAUGUCUGCCGUGCAUCGGUCCCUGAAACGGGGGACCUUACCUUUGCGUUUGGGCCGACUGGAAGACUUGGUGGAGCGGUUGAUGCACUGCUCAUACCGAGAAAUCCUAGGGCCUGAUUUCUCCUUUCUGCAUGGUACAGAGAGCUGGAAGCUGCUUUCCCUGCUCUAUAUCAACUGGUUGCACGGAUGCCGUGGCGCGCCCCGGGGCCGCUGGCGUAAGUGCGACCUAGUGGCCCUUUUGAAUAUAGAGGCCAGUGUACAGCGAGUGCUGCGGCUAGAUCACGAAGCUGGUCGGACGGCAGCCGAGGUGGAAAAAGAGCUGAAGAACCGGUACGUCACUUACACAGGUGAAGAGGUACCAAAGAUGGAGAGUUUGAGUUUUGAACAGAUUUUUCCAGCACUGCCCCCCGAGGGGCACGGCGGUUCUAUUUCGGUUUUGGAAUGGACGAAGGGGAGAACAAGAACCUGUUUGAAUAGGCCCUCCGAAUGCAUUGCUCCUGAUGAGGGGCAGUCCCUGCCGAAGCUGCAAGCUAGGGUUCACAUACAAGAAGGUGAUCGCAUGAGGGUUGCUGAGUUGCUAGUUAAGAGAAAGAUAUGCGACUGGGUGGAACUGGACCAUGUGAUGGAGUAUCGAGGUCAAAAGGUGUUGAAUGGACUGUUUGGGGUUGCGAAAGCAGCCACGUUACCCGACUCACAGGAUGGGUCUGCGAUAGGAAAGGUCAAAGGCAGGAAGUAUGCUCUUGCGUGUUGCGUGUUACCUAUGGGUUGGUCGAGUGCAGUGAGCGUCAUGCAAGAGAUCAGCCAACAACUACUGGAAAGGCAUGGGUUUUCGCGCGCGCAGCAGGUUCUUAGGACACGCCCACUCCCGUCUUGGAUGACUUCAGUGAUGGAGGAAGCCGGGGCUCAACAUAAAGCAUGGUUCCAUGUGUAUUUGGACAACUUCUUUGCAGGGGAAAAGGUGAAGAAAGGUUCACAGGCUCUGGAGGUCGAGAAGGUUCAUCAAGAUGCUGAGGCUGCUUGGUCAUCGGCAGGUGUCUUGUCGUCCGAGAAGAAAAAGAUCAGAGGAGCCCCAGCAGUUGAGGAGCUUGGUGCUAACCUUGACGGUGUGUCCCAGUUGGUCGGUGCCUCUGCAGGUAGGCUGUUAAGGUUGCUCCAAACUACUUGCUUGCUGCUCUCUAGAACUUGGAUCCCUCGGAAAUGGUUGCAAGUGGUUAUGGGGCGCUGGGUGCAUGUUCUUCAGUUUCGUCGACCGGGUAUGGCUGGGACUUCGCUGGUUUGGAGGUUGAUUGCUGGGAAGAAGAUCUCAACGGCGGUGCAGUUGGGCGCGCGCGUAGGGAGUGGUGCUGUGGGCAAGGCUGAGGAGCUGACCUGUGAGGGUGAGGACUUCGCAAGGUCUUUUUGUUGGCCUAGGGGCUCUCUGGUGCAGGUUCCCGUUUUGGUGGUGUCCCUGUUCAACGGUGUAGGCUUUCCAUGCGUCGACCUCUCUGCAGUGAAGUACAAUAGGCUCAACCUAGAUGGUCCUGAAAGUGGUCUGUUCCGUGAAGUGCUACGGGUCUAUGAACUUUUGCUUCAAGUCUUUGGUCGUAAUUUCAACAUCAACUUCUUUGUGGAAAAUGUGGCCAGCAUGGAUAAGAAGGCUUCUCAAGAAAUUUCAGAGUCGUUGGGGGUGCGUCCCUACCGUGUACAGUGCUCCGACGCGGUUCCUAUUUCGCGGCCACGUUUCUGUUGGACGAACCGUUCACUCCCCCUUCUACCAGGCGUUCAUGUUACUGACAAGGGCGACUUUUUGGAAGUCCAGGCUCCUGCUGCCUACCCCCAGAAUGAACAGUGGUUAAGGGAAGACUCCAUAUGGGCCCCAGACGAUGCUGAUGCGGUAUUUCCCACUUGCAUGAAAGCCAUACGUCGCCAGAGACCUCCACCAGCACCUGCUGGACUUUCGCGUACUCCCCCAGAUGCUCGAGAAAGAUGGGCGGCAGACAAUUACAAAUACCCCCCAUAUCAAUACAAAGACCCAUAUGUGAUCUGGUCGGAGAAGGGUUGGCGCCUUCUCGAAAGUAGUGAGCGCGACUUGCUUCAUGGGUAUGGAUGGGAGCACACGGCCCUGUGUUGGUCAGCUAGUGACAUAAAGAGAGACCCUCAAGGCUUUGAGGGUCAAAGAUGCAGCCUUAUAGGCGACUCCUUCAGCGUCUUCUCCUUUGUCAUUUUCGCCUGGGCCUCCUGCUUUCCCUACCUUCCUACCCUGACUUAUGAGCACCUCACCAAGCGUAUGGGUAUGGCUCCCGGGUUCUGUGCGCCGCUGGACGCCACCUGUCCGCUGCAGCGUACUCUCUCAUAUGGUUCUGCUAUAGGCACCCCGAUGACGGUGGGACAUCUGACGAUAGCCAUGGUGCGUCUCAAAAGCAUUGCUGGCACCAGAACCCGCCGUGCAAGGCGAGAAUCCCGGAAGGGAAUCGUCUUACGAGACUCCGGUAUCACUAAGGCCACUCAAGCCCGAUAUUUUUGUGCCGUUUCACUUCUUUGCAAGACGGUCCGGACCGCCUGUGACAUGGAAGACUUGGAUGACCAGGUUGGUGACUGGAUUGAAGAUCAGUUCAAGCAGGGGGCGCCCAUUAACACUGUGGCGGAUGCACUCAGUGGACUCCACUUCUAUGUGCCGUCAACCCGAAAGAGACUUCCACUAUCCUGGCGCCUGUUUGGGACAUGGCGGAAAAAGGAGACACCGUCUCGGGCACCACCAAUUCCGGAAGACCUUUUGUGGGCAAUGGUUUCGUUCGCAGUUCAACAUCAACUCUUUGUUUUUGGGUGCCUGUUGGCCCUGGGAUUUCACUGCUUUCUCAGAACGGGGGAGUUGCUGGCCAUCAGGCCGUGCGACCUUCUGUUGCGCCAUGGAAAAGGCAUUGUAAACCUCCCUGCUAGUAAAGGAGGAACCCGACAUAACGUCAGGGAGUCAGUGACCAUCGAUGAUCCGGUGGUGGUGACACUCCUCGAAGAAUUGGUGCACGCCAAAAGAGAGGCUCACUUAUUCAGGGUGCCAAUUUGGAACCUUUCUGGCACCAGAUUUCGUGACACAUUUGCACAGGUGGUGGCCUUCUUUAAAGUCGAGCACCUCAGGUUCCGACCUUAUAGCCUCCGACGCGGAGGUGCAACGGCGUUUUUUAGCCAAUUUGGGCUAAUGGAGAAAACGUUACUCAGAGGCCGUUGGGCCAGUGUCUCUGUGGCACGCCUUUAUUUGUGCGAUGCGCUGGCGCAGCUGCCGAGCCUUGUCGCUGCCAAGCCUCCAGCACAGCUGGACGGGGCACGUGGAAGAGAAUUUCAGCAGGAAAUCAUCACCGGAGCCUUUGACUCGCAGUCCUUGGGCAUCGGUGGUGCUCAUGUGAUCGCGCUGCGCCAGCCUGCCCUCUUCGAGCCAUCUGCGGCCAUGGAGUCGGAGGAAAAGAUACCGCAGAUGAAGUUCCAGGCUCGCAAUGUCAUGAGCAUUGAGAAUGCCGUGGACAAGCAUCAAAGGACCAUUCUGGAUGGCGAGCCCCAGAAGUUGGGUGUGCGAUUUGAUGAGCGGCUGCCAGUGCGGAGCAUUCGGAAGAAGUACGGCGACCGCCGAGCCAAAACAGACUUGGAGGUGAAGCCUCCGCCCAUCUCCUUCCGCAGUGAGGAGAUGUACCGAGAGGACAAGGGCACGUAUGAGUCCAUCUCUGACUUCAUGAACGGUGUCCGAAGGCCGCUCAAGACACGAGAAGGUGCUGACUGGAAUCAUUCCCAGCACCUGAAUUCCAUGCAGAACAAGACCAAUUGCUUCAAGAGUAGCCAAGCAAAAGCCUGGCAGGCAGUGACGGAGAAGCAGACUUUCGAGAGAUUGACCAGCUACCAGGCUCCACCAUCCUCAGCACGGAGCUGGAAGGACAUGAAAGCUACCGUGCCUUGGGACAAGAUGAGACAGAUCUCCUGGAAGCCUUCCUCCGAGUUGACUCCCUUGGCGCCAAUGUCUGCCAGAUGA